AAACUCGACGCUUCUCUGUUUCUCUCUCUCUCUCUUCUCUCUCUUCUCUUCCCUGCCAUCUCCGCCGCCGAGCAGCGAGAGAAGCUGGAGAAGAUGGCGAAACCCUAACCAAAACCCUGAUUUUCUAUCUUUGAUUCUCUCUCCAAACUCUGACUUUUUCCAAUUGUUGUCUGAAUUUUUCGUUGGAUUAUUUUAUUUUAUUUUUAUUUUGGUCUGCAUUUCAAGUGGAGAAUGGAGCGGAAGAGCCCCCGAUGGUUGGGGUUGUUGCUGAGCAAGAAAUUCUUUGAGGUUUGCGAUGAGCAUAGGGAUCUGAGGAAGAGCGAGACGAACGUUUACUGCAUCCAUUGUGACCAGUGUCUUUGCUCGCAUUGCUUGGCUGUGCCGCCGCCGGAGAGGCAUCGACAUCACAAGAUGAUCCAGAUCCGUAGAUAUAUCUAUCAGGAUGUUGUUCAGGUUCAAGAUUUGCAGAAGUUUGUUGAUUGUUCGAAAGUUCAGACUUACACUACCAAUGGUGCGAAGGUGGUGUUGCUAAACUCCAGGAAGCAAUCCAAGCCGUCCAAACCCUCAGCAACCGCGGCAUCGUGCGAGAUAUGCGGUCGAGUCAUCUCCAAUCCAUUCCGAUACUGCUCCAUUUGCAUGCAAGGUGUCGGAGCGGGCCGCGGACGAGCCCGGUUCAUCGGGCGUGGAUGACACAGGCCCGAUCUUAUCAUCGAGUUCCGAUCUCGAGGCAGGGGAGGAUUCAUCAUCUUGUCUCGCGUCCCCACAGCCGUCGGAUUCGAGCGAGCUGAUCCCGAGGAUCAAGAAGAGCAGGCGGAAAGGCACGCCAACCAGGUCUCCGGUUCACUGAGGCCAAAAAAA